AUGCUUUCCCGCAGCAGCCAUCUCCUUCUGGCAGUCCUUGUUCCAGGAUAUACACGCCGUACGUACUCGAAUUAUGUUAUUACUGCACCACGCUGCCGCUGCAACUCCGUACACAUUACCCGUCCCUCCUCGUCGCGCCGAUCCCAGCUGCAGGAGAUGCAGCGAAUAACUAGGCACCUGGCGCGCUGCGCAGCCUGUGUUGAACAGCGCCCUUCUCCCGGCGCAUGUCCAGGGAGCCAUCUGAUGAAGACGGCGGGCGUAUCA